AUGGGAGACUUAAAACCAAUAUUGGACAUUUCUCCAUCCUUAGUGCAUUUGAGCUUUUUACAAAAAGCUAUUGGCAGCACAUCUUCUGCAUCAAUUAUUCACAGUUACAAAAAUAGUUUUGAUGGAUUUGUCGCCCUACUAACAAUUGACGAAGUUCAUCUGAUUUCAUCAAUGGAAGGAGUGGUGUCAGUCUUUCCCAAUAGAAUCAACCAACUACACACUACAAGAUCAUGGGAUUUCCUCGGAUUUCCUCAAUCAAUCAAAAGAAUACCAACGGUCGAGAGCAACACCGUUAUUGCCGUUAUUGAUACUGGAAUUUGGCCCGAGUCCGAUAGUUUCAAAGACAUAGGAUUUGGACCUCCACCGAGUAAAUGGAAGGGAUCAUGUAAAGGUUUAACCAGUUUUACAUGUAAUAACAAAAUUAUCGGAGCAAAGUAUUACAAAAUCAAUGGAGUCUUCGGCCGAAAUGACAUCCAAUCUCCAAGAGACUCUGAGGGUCAUGGAACUCAUACAGCUUCAACGGUCGCCGGCGACCUUGUUACUUCGGCAAGCUUUUCCGGUUUCGCCAGCGGCACAGCUCGAGGAGGAGUCCCGUCUUCGCGGAUCGCUGUAUAUAAAGUCUGUUGGUCCGACGGUUGCUCAGACGCGGACAUCCUCGCAGCAUUCGAUGAUGCAAUCAACGAUGGGGUCGACAUGAUAUCAAUUUCUAUCGGAUUCAAAGUUCCUAGACCCUAUCUCAUCGAUUCGAUAGCUAUUGGGAGUUUUCACGCCAUGAGAAAAGGAAUUCUUACGUCAAUGUCUGCCGGAAACGAGGGUCCGGGAACUGGAACUGUCUUUAAUGUUUCUCCAUGGGCACUUUCAGUUGCAGCAAGCACGAUUGAUCGUAAAUUCUUAACCAAUUUGAACUUGGGUAACACUGCGACUUUUCAGGGAGUUUCAGUGAACACUUUUGAUCCGAAUGGUUUCUCCCCUAUAGUGUAUGCUGGUAAUGUUCCAAAUACAACAGGGAAUGUUCCUAGUAAUGUAUCCAGGUUGUGCGAAGAGAACUCACUAGAUGCUACAUUGGUAAAAGGUAAGAUUGUUUUAUGCGACAAAUAUAAUUUAGGGGAAGCAGCUCUUUUGGCUGGUGCAGCUGGUAUGGUUGUACGAGGAGAUGGACCCAAAGAUGCAGCUGACGUGUUUGCACUCCCUGCAACUUAUGUUGAUCUUAAGGAUGGGAGCAAGAUCCUUAGCUAUAUUAACACAACAAGAAAUCCAACUGCAAUCAUAUUGAAGAGCAAUGAAGUUCUUGAUAAGUUUGCACCAUAUAUUGUAUCCUUCUCAUCUAGGGGACCGAAUCCUGUAACAUCUGACAUCCUCAAGCCGGAUUUAUCUGCGCCUGGUGUAUACAUUUUGGCAGCAUGGACACUUGCGAAUUCUCCUUCGGGAAUACAAGCUGAUAAUAGAAGACUCCCAUUUAACAUCAUAUCUGGCACAUCAAUGGCCUGCCCACAUGCUACUGCUGCAGCUGCUUAUGUCAAAACCUUCAAUCCAUCAUGGUCUCCAGCUGCUAUAAAAUCUGCUCUUAUGACCACCGCCUUCGAGAUGAGUCCAAAUACAACUCCGCUAGCAGAAUUUGGUUACGGAGCAGGCAACAUAAACCCUGUAGGGGCCAUUGAUCCCGGCCUUGUUUACGAUGCCGAUUUAACCGACUAUGUGAAGUUCUUGUGUGGGGAAGGCUACAGUGACAAGCAGUUACAAAUUAUCACAGGUGAUAAAACCACCUGCUCCAAUUUUGGGAGUGAGACUGCUUGGAAUCUGAACCUGCCUUCACUUUCCGUCAGAGUACCUGUUUCAACUGCUUUUAAGGUCACCUUCAAUAGGAGAGUUACCAAUGUAGGAGCGGCAUCAUCUACUUACAUUGUCACGAUUCUUGCACCACAGACACUGAAAGUAAAAGUGGUGCCCAACAUACUUUCUUUCUCUAGUGUCGGACAAACUCAAUCAUUUGCGGUGACUGUUGAGGGAAAAAUUGUUCGAGGGUUCUCCUCUGCUUCUCUAUCCUGGGUAGGUGCCACACACAAAGUGAGAAGCCCCAUUGUUGUUUAUGCUAUUUGAAGAAUAUGAUGUCAUGGCAUGGGGAAUUCUGGUAAUAAACCUUUGUUGUGUGAAAUAAAAUAAGGAAAAAUCUAAUGAGGGGACUUGAAAAUAUGUAAUGUUAAUAGAUCCCUCAAUGUUUGUGGUGUGUUGUGCUUUGUCGUUAAGUGUUCCCAUCGUCGGGGAUGUUUUAAUCUAAACUGUAAGAUGUGUUUUCUUACAUUUGGAUUGAAGAUUGUACGUUUGUAGUCACGUUAUAUGUAUGCAAGUUAUGUUAUAAAAAAAAUUGUGUUCUAAGA